AAUGUGAGAGUAACUAUGUAAAUAAACAAAUUUGAGAAUAGUGUUGUGAAUUUUGCCUUCUAUAAAUGUUUGGUUCUUCUCUAACCCAACCAUCCCUGAUUUGAUUUUUCUUUUCAUUUUUCCUCCAAAGGGAAAGUUUUAUUCCUCAAAAUCAAGAAAUCAAUACCCCCAUGGAUUCAUCAAGAACAAAGACAGAGAUUCUGGAUCCGACCCUGCACGCAGUGGGGUUCGAGAUCGGGGAGCUAACACCGAACAGGGUCACCGGUCGGCUGCCCGUGACGGAGAUCUGCUGCCAGCCGUUUAAGGUGCUGCACGGCGGAGUGUCGGCGCUGAUCUCGGAGUCUCUGGCAAGCAUGGGCGCCCACAUGUCUUCCGGUUUCCGGCGAGUCGCCGGCAUCCAGCUCACCAUCAACCAUCUGAGGACUGCCCGAUUGGGCGACCUCGUUUUCGCCGAGGCCUCGCCGGUCGACGCCAGGAACACUGUUCAGGUGUGGGAAGUUAGGCUCUGGAAGACUGGUGGAGGAGAAGAAGUAACGGUGUCUACUUCGAGGGUCACUCUCUUGGUUAUGUCUGUUCCUCCACACGCCAUAGAUUCUGCUGAUAAUCUCAAGAAGUUUGCCAAAUUGUAAACCAAACCUACUCAUUUUUUUACUCUUCUAUUUUCGGAUCCAAUUCUCUAUUAAUUACCUCUUUCCCUCAAUAAAUUAUUUUACUUUUA